AUGGCGGGGCUGCUGCAGGCCCUGGUGGGUGCCUCGGAGAAGGCGGCGCACAUCGCCCGGCUGUGCCGGCGAGAGGAGCCCCUCUUCCAGCUGCUGGUGGCCGAGAAGACGGGGGCCGACAGGAACAGGAGGUUCCUGCAGGACUUCAAGACGCUGGCGGACGUCCUCAUCCAGGAGGUCAUCAAGCACGACCUGGGGAAGGAGUUCCCCGAGCUGCAGGGCCACAUCCACGGCGAGGAGUCCAACGAGUUCAGGAACGGGCAGGGGGAGACGGUGGCGGUGCGGGUCUGCGCCACGCCGGAAGACACCGCGGCCCUGCUGCUCUCCGUGCUGGAGCCCGAGCGGGCAGCUGCCGAGCUGCUGGCGGCCGCCGUGCACCGGGACGUGGCGCUGGGGGACGCGGAGCUGGCCGGCUUGGCGCUCAGCAUCCCCCCCCAGGACCUGGCCAUCUGGAUAGACCCCAUCGACUCCACCAACGAGUACAUCGGCGGGCGCGAGGACGUGGCCCCCGUCGAUGGCAUCGCCCCGGCGGGGCUGUGCUCGGCGCUGGUGCUCAUCGGGGCCUACGACCGGCACACAGGCUGCCCCGUGCUGGGCGUCAUCAACGAGCCCUUCUUCCGCCGGGACCCCCUGACCAGCAGGUGGCAGGGGAGGUACCACUGGGGCGUCGCGUACGGGGACACGCGGCUGUGCUCGCUGAGCCCCCCGCCGCCGCGCUCCGCGCCCUGCGUGGUGCUGAGCCGGGCGGAGGCGGUGGCGGUGCGGGAGGCCCUGGGCCCCCUCUGCGGCGACCGCCUGCGCUUCGCCGCCGGCGCCGGCUACAAGAUGCUCUGCGUCAUCCUGGGGCUGGUGGACGCCUACGUCCUCUCCGAGGGCAGCACCUUCGCCUGGGACGCCUGCGCCCCCCACGCCAUCCUGCGGGCCCUGGGCGGGGGGGUGGUGGCCCUGGCGGGGGCCCUGCGGGCGCGGCGGGCGGGCGACGCCGGGGCCCCCCCCGAGCUGGUCUACAACCGCCCGGCGGAGGGGGCGGCGGGGGCUGAGCGCUGGGCAAACCGGGGCGGCCUCGUGGCCUACGUGCACCCCCAGCACUUGGAGGCCAUGCUGGCCACGCUGGCCACCGUGCCGGGGCUCUGA